AAAAAGAAAAAAGAAUAUAUAAAUAGUUGUCUAGAUUUUCUCUAUUUUUAUUUUACCCUUCAUCCUUUCUGCCUCUUUACGAUACAACUCGAAACCUAGGGGAGGAGCAGAAGAGUAGUUUAAAAUGUCAGAUGAGGAUGAGUAUCGUUGUUUUAUUGGUGGCCUUGCGUGGUCAACAUCUGAUAGAAAGUUAAAGGAUACUUUUGAAAAGUUUGGCAAGCUUACUGAAGCCAAGGUGGUUGUUGACAAGUUCUCUGGACGCUCUCGUGGUUUUGGAUUUGUCACAUUUGAUGAAAAGAAAGCAAUGGAAGAUGCUAUUGAUGCUAUGAAUGGGAUAGAUUUAGAUGGCCGAACUAUUACUGUUGAUAGGGCUCAACCUCAACAAGGAUCAGGUAAGGAUGAUGGUGAUCGCUACAGAGAACGUGGUCGUGAUCGUGACAGAGAUCAUCGUGGUGGUCGGGGAUCUAGUGAUGGAGGAUGCUUUAAGUGUGGAAAACCCGGUCAUUUUGCUAGGGAGUGCCCUAGUGAAGAGGGAAGAGGCGGAAGAUAUGGUGGCAGGGAAAGUAGAUAUGGUGGAAGCAGUGGCGGCGGCGGUGGCGGUUACUAUGGUCCAGAUAGAAAUGCAGAUCGUUCUUCUGGCGGUCGCAGCAGGGAUUCUGGUCAUCGUGGAGAUUCUGGAAGUGAUCGAUACAAUCGUGAUCGUGCUGGACCAUAUGAACGAGAACGACGGGGAUCUGGAGGCUUUCGUUGAUAUAAUUUGGUCUUUUCAUUGAGCUUUGAAAUCGAAGGGGUUGCUGUUGAUGCUGCAAAGUUCUUUUUCGUUCACAAUGUUCUGAGAUUGUUGUUUGGAUGGACAAAUGAUACCAGUGUUUUGAUAUGCAAUACUUGGCACCUUUUUAGACUAAUUUAUGUUCCUAAUGGUGAUCUUUUGGCCUGUUGAAACCUAUUGACUUACCGUUGAAUUCAAUGUUGUGCUCUAUGCUAUCAAUAAUUGCUGCUGGUUAUCUUGUGAUUUGUGACUUUCAUGCAUGUGGAGUUGAAUGACAUGUUUACCGUGGGAUUCCCUGA